UCAGCUGCAGGCUGCGCUCCCCCGGGUACACGGUCCGUGCAGUUAGUGUGCGAGUGACAUUGAGCUUCAGCCGCUGCACCCGAGCACCAUGGUACAGAUACACACGGUCAAGACUAAGCCAUACCCCGACCAGAAGCCGGGCACUAGCGGCCUAAGGAAGCGCGUCACCGUCUUCCAAACCAACGCGAAUUAUGCGGAGAACUUCAUCCAGAGCAUCAUCUCCACCAGCGACCCCGCGGAGAGGCAGAACGGGGCACUGGUGGUGGGAGGGGACGGCAGGUUCUACAUGAGAGAAGCCAUUCAGCUCAUUAUACAGAUUGCUGCAGCCAAUGGGAUUGGGCGGUUAGUGAUUGGGCAGAAUGGAAUCCUCUCUACUCCAGCAGUGUCCUGUAUCAUUAGGAAGAUUAAGGCCAUUGGUGGCAUCAUUUUAACAGCCAGCCAUAACCCUGGUGGACCCAAUGGUGACUUUGGAAUUAAGUAUAAUACUUCCAAUGGAGGCCCUGCUCCAGAAGCCAUUACUGAUAAGAUUUUCCAGCUGAGCAAAACCAUUGAAGAAUAUGCUAUCUGCCCAGACCUUAAAGUAGACCUGGGAACCCUUGGAAAGCAACAGUUUGAUUUGGAGAAUAAAUUCAAACCAUUCACUGUUGAGAUUGUGGAUUCUGUAGAAGCCUAUGCAAAUAUGCUGAGAAACAUCUUCGACUUCAGUGCCUUAAAAGAACUACUUUCUGGACAAAACAGGCUUCAGAUUAGAAUUGAUGCUAUGCACGGAGUUGUUGGCCCAUAUGUAAAAAAGAUUCUAUGUGAAGAACUUGGUGCUCCGGCCAACUCUGCAGUAAAUUGCAUACCUCUGGAGGAUUUUGGAGGACACCACCCAGAUCCAAACCUUACUUACGCAUCCGAGUUAGUGGAGACCAUGAAGACAGGUGAACACGACUUUGGAGCUGCCUUUGAUGGAGAUGGGGAUCGUAACAUGAUUCUUGGAAAAAAUGGCUUCUUUGUAAACCCCUCUGACUCUGUUGCUGUGAUCGCUGCCAAUAUUUUCAGUAUUCCUUACUUUCAGCAAACGGGCGUACGUGGGUUUGCCAGGAGCAUGCCAACUAGUGGAGCCCUUGACAGGGUGGCAAAAGCUACAAAGAUUGCUUUGUAUGAAACCCCAACUGGCUGGAAGUUUUUUGGAAAUUUAAUGGAUGCUAACAAACUCUCAUUAUGUGGGGAAGAAAGCUUUGGUACCGGCUCGGAUCACAUUCGAGAAAAGGACGGCCUGUGGGCAGUUCUUGCAUGGUUGUCAAUUAUUGCUACUCGCCAUCAGAGCGUUGAAGAUAUUCUCAAGGAUCACUGGCAAAAAUAUGGUCGCAAUUUUUUUACAAGAUACGACUAUGAAGAGGUUGAUGCUGAAGGAGCCAACAAGAUGAUGAAGGACCUUGAAACUGUGAUGUUUGAUCGAUCUUUUGUGGGACAACAACUUUCAGUUGGGGAUAAAGUUUACACCGUUGAGAAAGCUGAUGACUUUGAAUAUAGCGACCCUGUUGAUGGGAGUAUUUCAAGAAACCAGGGAUUAAGACUCAUUUUUACAGAUGGAUCCCGUAUUAUUUUCAGACUGAGUGGUACUGGUAGUGCUGGCGCAACCAUUAGAUUAUAUAUUGACAGCUAUGAGAAGGAUUUACAGAAAAUAUAUGAAGACCCUCAG